AUGUCUCAUGGACGUAACGAGUGUCGUAUAUACGUCGGUAAUCUUCCACCGGACAUCCGGACGAAGGAUAUUCAGGAUCUUUUCCACAAGUUCGGUAAAGUGACGUUCGUGGAUCUGAAAAACCGCCGUGGGCCGCCAUUUGCUUUUGUAGAGUUCGAGGAUGCACGCGAUGCUGAUGACGCAGUUAAGGCUCGCGAUGGAUACGACUACGACGGAUAUCGAUUGCGUGUCGAGUUCCCACGGGGUGGGGGUCCCGGCAGUUACCGGGGUAGCCGUCAAGGGAACAGUGACCGUAGCAGUAGAGGCGAUCGUGGAAACCGUGGUCCGCCGGCACGCCGUUCUCAGUUCCGGGUAAUGGUAACAGGGUUACCAUCAUCCGGAUCGUGGCAGGACCUGAAGGAUCAUAUGCGAGAAGCCGGCGAUGUGUGUUUUGCGGAUGUUUAUAAAGACGGCACAGGAGUGGUGGAGUUCCUACGACAUGAAGACAUGAAAUACGCGAUCAAAAAGCUUGACGAUUCACGCUUUCGUUCCCAUGAGGGUGAAGUUGCUUAUAUUCAUGUACGGGAAGAUUCUGGAAAUGACGAAAAACGUGAAUACAGGGACAGAUCAUAUUCGCCACGUCGUCGUAGGGGAACACCGACCUAUUCACCAGUGAAGCGGAGCUUUUCACGAUCACGUUCCCGUUCCUACAAUUGA